AUGCAACCGAUUCAAGAUCAAGAUCAAGAGAACUUACGAUCAAUCCCUCUUCAUGUCCGAAUCAUAGAUAUCUGUGAUAGAAUAAAUUUGCACCAAUUAACUCCAAAGAAAUUCGUGUUGGCACUUCUUACAAACUCGCACGAGUCUGUCGUUAAACGCCGAAUGAAAUGGUCAGGGAAAGGACUGCCAACAACAAUGGAACUUCUCAUGGAGCUUAUAUCACUAGUGAAAACAAACAAAGAAGGCCAGAAACUGUGGGAAGAUAUUGUACUUGAUGAAGCCGUUGAUAUUGCGGAGCGCCAGAAGCCAUCCAGCGGAAAUUAUCCUACCGGACUCUUUCAGAGUAGCCAAACAAUCACCUCCGACUUCUUCGAAGAAAAGACUCAGGAAAAUUUCGUCAAUUUGCUCACCAAGGAUGGGAUGCCGUUCAUAUACGGUCUUGUCUACAGGGUGCUAUCAAAAUCAAAAUCCAGCGAGGCAAAUGUUCCAGUAAAUUCCAACGAUCAGAUUACAGCCAACUUUGAUCACGAAGAUCAGGAAGGUCUCGAAAUGGAAGGAAUUACUUACAGCCACCUGCCCUCUUCUUUGACUCAUCGGAAAAAGAGUGUGAGCCAAUAA